AUGAACGUGGCGACUACGAAGGAUGCCAUGAUAAAGACAACGGUGCUGCAGAUCAUGGCGCUGACCACUGAGAUCGUUUCAUUUCACCGCCGCCACAACCCCUUUCUGUUCCCUUAUGUAAUUGCUAGCGUUACCCUCGAACACGUGCAGUCAUACAAGUAUCUCGGUGUCACCAUAUGUAAUGAUCUAAACUGGUGCACGCAUAUUACUAACAUUAUAUCAUCAGCGAACAAAUCUCUGGGUUUCCUGAAACGUCACCUCCGGCACGCACCUAAAACUGUCAAGCUACAGGCCUACAAGUCCCUCAUCCGAUCCAAAUUAGAAUACGCAUCCGCAGUCUGGAGCCCACACCAAGCCUAUCUGAUCGACUCACUCGAGGCAGUUCAAAACCGUGCCAUCAGGUUCAUUCAUUCUUCGUAUUCCUACAAUGCAAGUGUAACAUCACUCAAAAAGGAAUCGGCUAUUUUAAACCUUGACAUUCGCCGCCGCAUCUCUAGUCUCAGCCUUUUUCAUAAGUUUUUUUACAGCACCCUUCGUCAUCCCUACAUCGCCCCACCGGCCCGCAUAUCUCACCGCACGUGUCAUUCGCUUCAAGUUGCCCGGCCGAGGAUUAAGACGACCACAUUUUCUAUGUCCUUCUUUGUUCGGACAGCAAAAGACUGGAAUGACCUUCCCCAUGAUGCCGUCACCACUGAAUGCUCAUCAUCAUUUUUUGAUUGA